CGUAAUGAAACUGUACUGAUCCCCAAAUAAAACCAUCCACGUUUUUUGUUUACAUCUUCCAUCUCCGCCCCCCCAAAAAGAUGCUCCGUGCUCAAACUGCUUGGUUAUCAGCGCUCCACUGAGCACUGUAGCACCAUCAAAGCCCACAACAGCGAGGCAAGAGGAAAACAACUCGUCGCACACCGCGGCAGCCAAUCAGCGGCCUGGUUUCUCUUCAGCAUCUCGGUGAGACUGAGCCACUGGGCAGACUUGAACUCAGGCAGCGGGGAGGAAAAACACUUCAAGACUCGCGACGCGCAAUUAUGGUUUUGUGAACUUGACUAAAAAGGUGGAGGAUCACAUCACCAGCACAAAAAGAAAACAAAAGUCAGCUAAUCCAAGCACUGCACAGAAGGAACCAAAUUCCAGCACAAGCAUGGCAGACCAGAAAGACAACAUAGAUGACUUUAAAGUCCAGACAGCCAAGCAUCCUAAUAUGGGCUCAGUCCCUUUACGGCCGCACAGUGAACAGUCUAAAGACCGGGCGUCCAAAAGGCUUUCAUCUGAGUCAAAUGGGACCAGUGAAGGAGGUAUGGGCUCGUCCACACCAGUGGAGGUGACCGCUUUGGAAGAGUCAUUUCGGCGCUUCGCCAUCCAUGGUGACACCCGUGCUACCGGCAAAGAGAUGCAUGGCAAGAACUGGUCCAAGCUCUGCAAGGACUGUGGCGUGAUUGAUGGCAAGAACGUCACCCUCACUGACGUGGACAUCGUCUUCAGCAAAGUCAAGAAGAAAUCCUGUCGCAACAUCACGUACGACGAGUUCAAGGUUGCUCUCGGAGAGCUGGCCAGGAAGAAGUAUAAAGAUAAGACUGGAGAGGAGGCCGAGGCUGAGGUCUUCAAGCUGAUUGAGGGGAAGGCACCCAUCAUUGCGGGAGUCACGAGAGCCGUGGCUUCCCCAACAGUGAGCCGUCUCACGGAUACCACCAAGUUUACAGGGUCACACAAGGAGCGUUUUGACCCCACCGGCCGUGGGAAGGGUAAGGCGGGAAGAGAAGACAUAGUUGACACUUCCGGAUACGUCUCGGGAUACAAACAUCGAGGGUCAUACGAAAAGAAAGUGAAUAAACCCACCGUGGGCAAACCCAUGUGAGAAAUAAACAUUUGAUCUACUACUAGGAUAAUUUUCUAUUAAAAAAGUACUCAAAGAAAGCACAAAAGAAUAGGAUUUCAUAUAUUUUCCCACCCAUUUAUCUUUGUGUGUGUAAGUGUGUGUGUGUGUGUGUGUGUGUGAGUGAGUGAGAGAGAGAGAUGUUUUUAAGUUCCUCUCUUUGUGAAGUGUGAGAACUGGAAAAAAUGUUUACAUCUAUUUUUACGAAGUCAUCACCAGCUGGUACAUUCCUGUCAAGUUACUUCCAAACACUGAAGAGAACAAACAAGAGAAACUGCUAUGCUAUGAAUAUUGAAGCUUUGUUGUUAUGAUAGGGCCUUAUAAUAUUUAUUGAGCACAAUUGAAACAACAUGCCAAGAAAAACAAAGUGGGACAGUUUGAUGAAUUAACAUUGCACUUUUUAAUGGAAUUCUUUCUAUUCCCAUAUUUAGCUGAAGAGAUACAUUUUUAAUUUGUUUUGCUGAGUUUCAAUAAUUGGCACACAUAUUUUUGACUUAGAUAUUAUCAAUGUUUAUUUCUUUUGAAAACUUAAAUUGUUCGUCCGCCAUCCCCAACUGUGUUUAUGAAAUCUACUUUUCUUUACUUCAUAAACCCACGCUGUCAUUUGAAUAAUUUGCCUUCAGCUCAAACCAAGAACUAUACAUGGAGGGUUUUGUCAACUUGUUUUAAGUGUUUUGCAAAAAAACUAUUUAGGUCACUUUUUCACCUCUGCCAUAUCCUCUUGCAUCUGUGAAUAUGUUAAAAUAUAACUCCUGCCAUGUAAACCUUUAAAUGGACCUGCUUAUAACACAGAACAAUAAUAUAACAGGAGUUUCCCAUUUUCUUUUCAGACCCUAUUGUAUUUACCUACACACAAACCAUUUUGCUAACAUGCAUUUUAAAUUGGUUGAAUUCAGCUGAAGGAGGAAGCUCUAAUCCACAGUAGAUGAGCUCAAUUGUACAAGAUUGUAUUUUUAACACUUCACUUAUAUUUCCUCAUCAGAUUUCUAUACAGUAGUUCUUAUACAUUUGUGGUAAGAUAGUGUAUAUUCUAAAACGUUAUAGCCACAUGGCUUAAUUUAUGACACUGGCUUCAUAUGUUGUUGUUUUUUCUCCCCUGUAUUGCUGUACUUUGUGCAUGUUAUGUAUAUUGCAUUUGAUUCAGAAGCAUAUAGAUGACAGUAGGAGUCAUCCUAUCUGAACUGCUGUGCCUGCUGUGAGGACAGACUACUGGACAGACUUAAAUAUUUUAUUUUCUAACAAACAUUUAAAUUGUGGGAUCAUGAUAAAAUCGUGUAUUGCUUGAAAUCAAUAUGUAUCAACCUGUACAUAUACAAAGUCAGCUACGCUCCAAUGCUAUUAUAUUUGUUGGUAAAGAUUUAGAGUACCUUUUAUGUGCGGUACCGACAUCCUAGGCACAAAUUCAACUCAAAACAAAAGCAGGGUUUUACUGUUGUAUUCUUACAUACUAUAUGAGAUAAAAGGGAAAAUUGCAAAACAAGCAAAAUAAUUUUGUAUAAUAUUUUUCCAUCAUAAUGACAGUGUUCAUGUCACGCACUACUUGUAGCCUCCGCUGAUGAAGAAUCAUGCAUCAAGUGCAAAACUAGCAGCUAUCAUUGUGUUAGCUUUUGUCUGCUGAAGUAGCUCAAGUAUGAUCUGUUUUCUGUGCUUAAUGCCAAAUACUGUUCACCUUUAAUGUGGAGGAACGACGAUGUCUUUUUUUUUUCUCCAAAUAACUUGCAUGCGGUGUUUUUGUUCUUGUUCUUUAGACCGCUUAAUGUGUGUUCAUGAUUUGUAGUGCUUUAUUGAAAAUAAAAAAAGAGAAUCUCUGCUGA